GCUGUCGACUUGUAUAUAGCGGCCCACCAUUUAACAACAGGAAAUUCAACAUGGCGGUGGAUGAGGACAAGACCCGUUCUCGAAUCAAGUUUGGCUCUUCCAAAGCGAAUGAGCGUCCAAUGACGCGCGUCGCCAUUAAUCAUCGCUUCGUCGUAUCAGUUAUGACAACCAUUGUCGUGACCGUUUUAGUAUUCAUGAUCCAUGGAUCGGUGGUCGAGGGCCAGUUCGAGCGAGGUCCCACCAGGCGAUCUGCAUUCAUGGAAUUGGCUCGUUUCGAGAACUGUGGGAUAUCGGCGACACCAAUCGCCGAACUGUAUGCGACAACGCGCUUGGGAUGUGCGAUGCGCUGUUUAGAAAACAAUGAUUGCGUGAGCUAUGAAUUCAAUGAGGUAAACACAACUUGUAAUCUUCACGAAGUAUCAGCUUUAUUAAAUCUUGAAGCCAAGUAUGGAUACACAUACGCAGAUGGUGUCAAUCCUAAUGUGGGUGAACAACAUCCAUGUGCUGCUGAUCCAUGUAACGAAGGAAACCUAUGUAUUGAGGAAUGUGUACCCAAUGGAUUUACUUGUGAGUGCCCAGAAGGAUUAAUGGGCACUUAUUGUGAUGCUCUGGCUCCUGUAAAUGGCGGGUUUACACCAUGGGGUGAUUACUCCGAGUGUUCUGACACGUGUCAUCAGACUAGAUACAGAAACUGUACCAACCCAAGAGUUGUGGCUAGAGGAAAGGACUGUGAGGGUCCCAACACCGGAGUCAGAGAUUGUGGUGUCCCAUGUACAGUUUUCCCACAUAUUAAUUGUAUUUCGACUUCGGACUUCAAAAAUGAUUACAAUGCAGUGGAGGUCGAUGAUCAUAACCAGAUGACAUUGGGAGGUUGCAUGGCGACAUGUCAGGAAUUCGGCUACAGGUUUGCUGGUAUAUCUGGAAGUAAAUGUCAUUGCGCAAGAAAUAUGAUGACAACUCACACAGAUGAUUUCAGUGCUACAUGGGAAUGCGAUACACCCUGCCCAGGAUCAGCGGCAAGCUCUAAUCACACAUGCGGAGGUGAAGGACAUGUCUCUAUCUAUGCAACAGGAUCCAGCUAUCGUGGAUGCUACCGUGGAAGGCCAAAGAACGGUGUGGUGGUCAUUGAGCCUGCUGGUCCUACAACGAUGGCAAUGACCACCACCAUGAAGGUCACCACACUUGGUGAAGAAAUGACCACACAACCGGCUGAGGGAUCAACUUUGAACAAGAAAACCACUGUAAAUGAUGUGAUCACAACUGCUGGAGAGGAUGGAACAACUAUUGGACCAGUCAGCGGAGCAGUUGGGGCUGGGACCACUAAUUCAGCCUCGGGUAUGACAGGAGCUGCAGGAAGUGGAACUGUUGCGGGAAGCCCACAACAACCAGGUACCACAGAACCACCAACUACAAAUGCCCCAACGACUACAGCUGCACCAACCACCACUGACAGUGUAACCACACCCUAUGUUACAACCGUCAUUCCAUACCCUGGCAUAACCGUCAAUGAAUGCAUGGGUGAAUGCGAUGUCCUCGGCUUUAUGUACGCCUCUCUUUACAACGGAACACACUGUAUCUGUCAUAACUCAAUGGCUGCACUUGAUGUUGAGUACGAUGACGAGGCAAACUGCGAUAUCGAGUGUGAGGGGGGCAAUGACUACGGUGGUGGGUUGAUGUGCGGUGGCGAGGGAUAUGUGUCAGUUUAUCAGAACAAGCUCUUUGAAACUACAACAUGGACUGACUGGUACAGUGGGGACUCUCCCUCUGGGGAUGGCUCUGAUAUAGAGACGCCUGAUGAUUUUCGAGCAGCGAAACCAUGGGUGUGUGACAACCCUGUUGAUAUCCAGUGUAAGACCACUAAUGAUCUACGCUAUGAUGAAACAGAUGACGUUCUGGCUGUACCAUGCACGUUACAAGGAGGGAUUAAUUGUACAAAGGAGGAUCAGACCAUCUAUUUCAAUGUGACAAUCAACAUUACUAACUAUGAUGUCUACGACAUCAACGUCACCACCCAGAUACAGCAAUAUGGCUGCUCGCUUUACGGCGUUGCUGCCAACGGGAGCCUAGUCUACCUCGAGCCUUACACAGAGAGACCUACAUCUGAACCAACCACUACACCCUUCCCAGGCACCACUGGUGGGCUAGCAAGUACUGCCACAAUGGGUGCUGCUGGCACCUUCACUAUGGCUAUGAGCACCACUGCCAACAUGCCGCUGUACCUCAAUACCACAGUGCAGUGUGGGAAUGCAACCGUAGAUUUGGUAGAGACUCAGACGAUGAAUGAUUCUAUAGUGGUGUUGUCAUGGAAACUCGUACCACAAGAAAAUGCUUGUGAGGAUUACAAGAUCAGGCUGAAAUGCCCCAAGGAGAAAGACAAGGCAAUUGGUUGCUAUGACAACAGUGAUGUUAGCGAGGUCAAGUCAACUCCCCUCGCUUUGGACUUUGCCACCUGUAUCGCCUCUUGCCGUGACGCUGGGUACCGCUACACGGGUCUGCAAAAUGACAUCGGAGAGUGCGCUUGCGGGAACAGCAUGGCCAAUCAGGAGACCUCAAUUGAUCAGUGUGCACAGACAUGCGGUCAGAAUAAUGAACCAUGUGGUGGCAUCAGCAAACAGGCCGUGUAUUUCUCAGGGUGUGCGCUACCCUUUGAAGUCAAUACAACAAUGAUGACAGGAACACUCAUGCAUAACAAUGAUGAUUCCGAUGACUAUGGGCUAUGGUUCUAUGCCCUGGGCGAUACGCCUUCCGUAGACUUGGGAAACUUCACCAAUGAAGGAGAACAGCUUGACUUUCAAGUUGACAUUGACCUCGGAAGACCAAGGACGAUCUCAAAGCUGGAAACCAAGGGUCUAUACAUGAGCAAAGCAGACACCUGGACGGGGGUCUCAUCUUUUAGCCUUGGAUACCGUCUAAGAGCUGAUCAUGAUCUAGAGGUCCUCACACAGCCUGGUAGUACAGAAGCAGUGGUGUUUGAAAUGUCUGACUUUAGUUCAGUAACGGAGCAUGAUCUUGGUGAUUUCUUGAUGGCCAGAUUUAUUUACAUCUACGUCAAAUCAUACACAGACUUCCCAGCAUUGAAACUUGAAGUGUAUGGAUGUGCAGACUAGUCAAGAAGGAUUCCAUUUCAGAGAAAUAUGCAUUUCAAUAUACAGUAUUACAGUGCAUUCCAGAAAAACUGAGAUUUGAACUGCUUCGUCUAGAAGAUUGAAGAGAUCAAUGUCAAGUUCCAUUUUUCUUUAAUAUGACGUAAAAGGAUGAUGCAUAUUUCAGCCUUCGAACAUUCAAUUUCAGUCUCAAGCUGAACAGGAUUAUUGGUCAACAAUUUUUAGGAUAUCACCUUCUUGUAGAAGAGAGAUAUGGCUCAUGAGCAUCACUUUAUGUUGUUUUACAUCCCUUACUGAAAAUUUCUUGCUGUUUGUUUGAUAGAGAGCCCUUCACAUGGCUAAUCAUAAUUUCACCAGGAAAAUUAAAUUCAUUGGAGAUAAAAAAAAGUUCAUGACGUCAGACUAGAAUAGUUUUUUACUAUUUAGCGUCGACUAAAGACCACGCAAUCACUCCGGCACAGCGCAUAAUGGGUUGCCUCCCCGGGCAAGUAUAGUGAUGCAACCGCGCAGAUACUUUAUCAUGGGUCCGCUGACUGCAGGGCACUCGGCCAAGGUAAAAAUACAAUAUACUAGCUGAAUCACUAACUCUCUGAUAACAAAAUGUCAAUGUGAAAUCAUUUCUUGCUUGAUUAUACUGAAUUUUAUAUGCUGAAAAUCUGAAAAAUAAUGAUGGCCAUCAAUCAUUCGAUCAUCAAAAAUUUUGGCUGCUUGAUUAAAGUUCAGCCAGGUUAGUUGGAAUUAUUAGAAGAUCAAUCUAUCACAGUACCGCUGCUCAACACCAAACCAACCUGGGUGAUGCUUGGGAGCCGGCGGUAGCCAUGUGCAGUCUAUUCAGGAACCGGCUAGCUUAGAAUGUUAAGCCAAUUUUGCAUAAAUUAGAGCCUAGUCAAGACUAUGGAGAUGGGUCAAUUAGGACUAGUUUACCAAUAUCUUUUUUUAUACUUUGAUAUGGAAGGGAUAUAAAACAAAUAUACCAGGACUUUCUUUCGAAAGUCUAGGGGAAGUUUUCAUCCUAGUUGGUCUGGCAAAGUUACUAAUUCCCUUGGGGCGAAAAGGGAAAAAAUUAUAGUAAUUGCCGUAUCAACCUCGGAUGAAAUAUUUCCACUAUACCGUCUCAAUAUAUUUGUGUAAUCUUUUGUUCACUAAAUCUCUGAAUAAAAAUUACACAUGUAUUUCUUGCUCAAAACUUUGCUGACAGGCCUCAUAUUUAAUUGACCAGAGUAUUCAAUAGUCUCAAAUGCACAAAAGGGAUAUAUCAAUUAAUCUUUUAGAUCUGGUGAUAAGUUUUGAAUCCACAAAUCAUCACAUUCUUGGUGAUUGUGAUAUGUUCCCUGCAAACAGGUUAACUUUCUUUCUGGGAUGCAUUGUACAUACUAUUAACAGCCUAACAAAUGUUCAGAUUGUGUAUAAAAAAAAUGUAUAUUUUAUCAAUAAAUUUUUAUGCAUAAUUUUGCCAAAUAUAUGUUCAUAUUAAUUUGUCCCAUCAAAACAGUCAGAAAUAUUGGGGAUGAAUAUGAAGCAAAGAAACUUUAUCCAGAAUGCAAGUUUAUAAGAAGGCUUAGCUUUAACCCUAUCUUGGCCGGGGGGGGGGGCCUCGGAGGCCUCCCCGCAACAAAUCGCGCGAUAUUUUCGCCGUG